AUGCCAUCUGCACGCCCACCUGCCUCCCUGGCAUCCAGCUCCUCCGAAACCUCCUACUCCCCCUUACCGAAUAGCAGCGCAACGGUACCCCGCGAUGAACCCGAGGACCGGUCCCUUUCCACCACCCCAACCGGCACCUCUGCAUCCAAACCCACUGCUGCUGGCGCGCAGGAGAAGGAGAAACCGCGACUGACGGAACAAGAGAAAAAGAACAAUCAUAUCGCCUCGGAGCAGAAGCGCCGCGCCGCGAUUCGGGAAGGGUUCGAUCGUUUGACGGAGCUUGUCCCUGGCCUGGAGGGGCAGGGGCGCAGUGAGAGUAUUGUGCUUCGAAAGACGGUGGAUUUCAUCCAGCUACAGCUCCAGGAGCGACAGGAGUUGGUGGCAGAGAUUGAACGCCGGGGCGGGCAUAUUGACGAUGCCUUUCGGGUCUGA